AUAAACCGGAAGUGAAAUUCUUUAGGAUUUCUUAAAAGGGUCUGAGAACGAGGGGUCUGACAGCAUUUCCACAGAAGCUAAUUUUGUGGCUGAUACUUACGCUUURCCAUCCUKCACAUACUGCCUGUUUCUUUAAUAAGAGAUGGCUCAUCUUUUGGACUUCUUAUCUAAUCCUUUAGCUGUUCUUGUUGUACUGUUAGCUGUAAUUGUCAUUGUCUACUGCUUUGGGACGUACAACUACCGGGCUUUGAAUGGCAUGAAUAUUCCCGGUGCUAAACCAUUACCGUACAUCGGUAACAUACGGGACAUGGCCAAAUACGGUGGAAUUCACCUUUGUUUGUUAGAAUACAUGAAGAAAUAUGGUAAAGUAUUCAGCUUGUGCACUGGAAGAAAGGCWUCGAUUGUCAUUUCGGAUCCAGAGCUACUGAAACAGAUURCGGUUAAAGACUUUCACAACUUCACCAACCGCUUUAAUAGUGGUCCUGCUCGUGGAAAGUCACUWUUCAUUCUCAAAGACGAUGACUGGAGAAGGGUUCGCUCUGUGUUAUCCCCAACCUUUACCUCUGGCAAGCUAAAGCUGAUGGUGACUUUGAUGGAAAAGUCUUGCGACACAUUGGUAGAGAAAGUGAAAGGCAUUGCUGAUACUGAGAUGGCUCAUCUUUUGGACUUCUUAUCUAAUCCUUUAGCUGUUCUUGUUGUACUGUUAGCUGUAAUUGUCAUUGUCUACUGCUUUGGGACGUAYAACUACCGGGUUUUGAAUGGCAUGAAUAUUCCCGGUGCUAAACCAUUACCGUACAUCGGUAACAUACGGGACAUGGCCAAAUACGGUGGAAUUCACCUUUGUUUGUUAGAAUACAUGAAGAAAUAUGGUAAAGUAUUCAGCUUGUGCACUGGAAGAAAGGCWUCGAUUGUCAUUUCGGAUCCAGAGCUACUGAAACAGAUURCGGUUAAAGACUUUCACAACUUCACCAACCGCUUUAAUAGUGGUCCUGCUCGUGGAAAGUCACUWUUCAUUCUCAAAGACGAUGACUGGAGAAGGGUUCGCUCUGUGUUAUCCCCAACCUUUACCUCUGGCAAGCUAAAGCUGAUGGUGACUUUGAUGGAAAAGUCUUGCGACACAUUGGUAGAGAAAGUGAAAGGCAUUGCUGAUACUGGUAAGGAGNCAGAGGCGUGGCCCGACGUGGAAAAGUUUGAUCCAGAGCGUUUCCGAGGUCCUGCCAAGGAAUCCAGGCAUCCAUUUCAAUUCCUUCCAUUUGGAGAAGGUCCUCGAAACUGCAUUGGCAAGAGGUUUGCUCUUCUUGAAGUGAAAAUCACCUUGGUCAAUAUUCUGACCAAAUACAAGUUUGUACGCUGCCCAGAAACACAAGUGCCUUUGAAAAUGAUUGCAGGAAUUACUCUUAUCCCAAAAGAUGGCGUGUUUUUGAGGGUGGAGUCAUGCAAGUGAAGAUAAAGAGGAACUUUGGUUCAUUAAUAUUAUGUUUACAUGUAAUUGUAGCUGACCAUAUAAGGCAGUAAGCGCUAGCACUUUCGAAGCACUUUGAUUUUUUAAAAUGUGUAGCGACGCCAUUUCGUAAAAAUGGAAGUCCUCACCUGGAAGUUGUAGUCAUCAAAAUUUUUUAUAGUUGUCAUGUAGUCACGCAACGACUAAAACCGACACAAACUCUUGAAUAAUAAGUAGCUAGUUAUCAUUGCAUGCUAUCAAUCAACGUAUAGAUUAACAAUAGUGACAAGCCCAUUACUUGCGGUCUUUCUAAUUUAGUCCCUUUUUUUGUAUUCACAAUAGCAUAGGAAUUUAGGUUUUUCCUGUUUUUCAAGAUAUGGAAUUUAGUAUUAGUUUUUAGUAGCACGUCCAACCGAACCUAAUUUAGUGUAGUCUCAGGAGCCAAACGGAGAGGAGCAACAAACUCGGAACGGAGUCAACUAGCCUUUAGAAGUCUUCUUUUAACUAGUUAUCCAAUCCCGCGGAGACAAGAUUAGACGUAAGUUUACUCGUUUUCAAUAUUUUAUACAAUGCGUUAAAGUAUAGUUUAGCAUUAGCAAUUUGUAGUAAUUAUAAGCAAUUUUACGCCCUCUAGUUUUUACCGCAAGCGAGUCAACGUGUAUUCAGGCAGUUACGCUAAUAAACGAAUAUAACCUUCACGA